GCCGAGGAGCGGUGCGUGCUCGGAGGAGGGGUCCCCGCGUGCAGAGGAGCGGCGGACCGGGAAGGAAACGGGGCGCCGAGCCUCCUCCAGAUGCUGUCGUCCCUUGGCUGAGGGAUGGAGCCGGGGCCCCCGAGCCGCGCCCCGAAACCAGCAGCUGAGUGAGGAGUUGGAUCAGGUGGUUGAGAACUCAGAGCAGGCGGACGAGCAGGAAAAGGAGACAGGCAGAGUCCAAGGUGCAGGAAUCUUACCAGCCCUGGACAGCGAGUCCGCCUCCAGCAGCAUCCGCUUCAGCAAGGCCUGCCUGAAGAACGUCUUCUCGGUGCUGCUCAUCUUCAUCUACCUGCUGCUCAUGGCCGUGGCCGUCUUCCUGGUCUACCAGACCAUCACGGACUUCCGUGAGAAACUCAAGCACCCCGUCAUGUCGGUGUCUUACAAGGAGGUGGAUCGCUACGACGCCCCAGGUAUUGCCCUGUACCCUGGGCAGGCUCAGUUGCUCAGCUGUAAGCACCAUUACGAGGUCAUUCCCCCUCUGAGGAGCCCUGGCCAGCCAGGAGACAUGAACUGCAUCACCCAGAAGAUCAACUACACAGACCCUUUCUCCAAUCAGACCGUGAAGUCCGCCCUGGUCGUGCAGGGGCCCCGUGAAGUGAAGAAGCGGGAGCUGGUCUUCCUCCAGUUCCGCCUGAACAAGAGUAGCGAGGACUUCAGCGCCAUCGAUUACCUCCUCUUCUCUUCUUUCCAGGAGUUCCUGCAAAGCCCAGACAGGGUGGGCUUCAUGCAGGCCUGUGAGAGCGCCUAUUCCAGCUGGAAGUUCUCUGGGGGCUUCCGCACGUGGGUCAAGAUGUCCCUGGUGAAGACCAAGGAGGAGGACGGGCGGGAAGCAGUGGAGUUCCGGCAGGAGACGAGCGUGGUUAACUACAAUGACCAGAGGCCAGCUGCCGAGAAAAGUGCUCAGUUGUUUUUUGUGGUCUUCGAGUGGAAAGACCCCUUCAUCCAGAAAGUCCAAGAUAUAAUCACUGCCAAUCCUUGGAACACAAUCGCUCUUCUCUGUGGGGCCUUCUUGGCAUUAUUUAAAGCAGCAGAGUUUGCCAAACUGAGUGUGAAAUGGAUGAUCAAAAUUAGGAAGAGAUACCUUAAAAGAAGAGGUCAGGCAACGAACCACAUAAGCUGAAGUUGCCUGUGUGGUUCACAGAACCGCCUCCGUCGAUGGAAGUCUUCAUCGCUUCCGCUUUGAUGGACCGAGUACCAGCAAUCCUGUACUCACUCGAGGAACCUGUCUGCUGGGAGGGACAGCCUGUCAAACCGCAGCUUCUCACCUGGCACCAAAAGAGGCUGUUUCGAGCCUAACGGAACAGAUCCAACGGAUAACCUAAAAAUUAUUUAAGUAUUUAAAUUAUUAAUGAACAUUUUUGACAUACGAUGUAUGAAUGGGGUUUGUGGAAGAUGGAAUUAGAUACAUAUCAAGUUUCCAAAGCUUUGUGAAAGCUGCCUUUCCUCUUAUUUGGUUUGGUGUAUAGUGAAGCUCUAACAGGAUAAUUAAGGGUCUGCUUUUACCUUAGGUUUUUUCCCCUGAGGUUUUUAAAGUCGACGGAAGAGAGUGAUUUUUUCCCCCCAAAUCCUGAUCCUCCGGAUGUGUAGGUCGUGUUGGAAACCUGUGCACUGUACACAAAGGCAAAAGCCCCGUGUCUCUGGCAUCAUCUGCCGUUUACAUUGUCCAGCCUCUGACAAGCUCUCUCAUUUGUAAAAUAUUAAAGGAGUCUUUUUUAAAGCUA